GCUAGAAAUAUGAUGGAAAAUCCAAUGAUAUAUAACCGAAGAGCGGUGAGGGGUUACAGGAAGAGGGUUCAUUGAACAAUAUCGAUGAUUAUGAUCUUAAUAUUCCACACAAUCUUACCUGAUGUCGACGAGAUCUAACCUUCCAGCUAUGGUGUCUAGUAGCAGCAGGGCGCCUAAAACUACUACGUAUCCGUCUUACAACUUGGAGCAAUAUCUACGGAAACCACCAACGUCUGCGGUCGAAAGAGUAGUGAGCAACCAGAAGCCUACAACGCCAACGGAUAGGGAGACGAAAGUCAAAGCUGAGCUUGAAUCUUGGAGUGCUGGUUUUGAUAGAGCGGGAAAAUCAAAGCAUAAGGAUGAAAAGGGUAGCUGA